AUGAUAUCUACUGUCGACUCUUUACAACAAAUUAAUAAUCAUUGUCUUAAAGAUCAACUGUCAAUUAAUAAUCGAGAAGAAUCUGCUACUAACAAUUCCUGGGCAGAUACUAUUCCCCAAAAGCAAGGUCUUUAUGAUCCCGAUUAUGAAAAAGAUUCUUGUGGGGUAGGUUUUAUUGUACACAUCAAGGGUGCUCCCUCUCAUAAAAUUCUCAGCGAUGCUCGAGGCAUCCUUUGCAACAUGACCCAUAGGGGUGCUGUGGGUGCCGAUGCGAGAGAUGGUGAUGGGGCCGGUGUGAUGACCGGAAUUCCUCAUGAUUUCUUUCAUCUGGAAACUUCAAGGUUGGGCAUUGUUUUGCCUCCACAAGGUCAAUACGCCGUCGGUAACAUAUUUUUCAAACCAGAACCUGUGGUAAUGGAGGAAUGCAAGCAGGCAUUCGAACGUAUUGCCGAAAGUUUGAAUCUCAAGAUUUUGGGUUGGCGUGAGGUUCCGAGGGACAAUUCGAUCCUCGGUCCCGCCGCAAAGUCACGUGAACCGGUGAUCCUACAGCCGUUUGUUACCUUGGCGAGCUUUGAUGCUUCUGCUGAGAACAAAUCUGCACCCUAUCAGGAUGAUGUUAACACAUUCGACGAGACCUAUUUUGCCCGUCAGCUCUAUGUUCUCCGAAAACAAUCCACUCAUCUCAUCACCAUAAAGAAGUGGUUCUACAUUUGUUCUUUGUCAAACAAAAAUAUUGUUUACAAGGGUCAGUUAUCUCCCGUGCAGGUUUAUAAUUACUUCCACGAUUUGAACAGUGUUCAUUACAAAACUCAUUUUGCUUUGGUCCAUUCGCGUUUUUCCACAAACACCUUCCCUUCCUGGGACCGUGCUCAACCUAUGCGCUGGUGUGCUCACAACGGCGAAAUUAACACCUUGCGCGGUAAUAAGAAUUGGAUGAGAGCUCGUGAGGGUAUCAUGAAAUCCGAUCUAUUCGGAAAUGAGUUGGAACUUUUGUACCCCAUCAUCGAGGAUGGUGGAUCUGAUUCGGCUGCUUUUGACAAUGUGCUCGAAUUGCUCGUAAUAAACGGUGUCAUCACUCUCCCAGAAGCCGUAAUGAUGAUGAUUCCCGAAGCCUGGCAAAACAAUCAUUCCAUGGAACCCGAAAAACGUGCAUUCUAUCAGUGGGCUGCUUGUCUCAUGGAACCUUGGGAUGGUCCAGCUUUGUUCACCUUUUCUGACGGUCGAUAUUGUGGUGCUAGCUUGGAUCGUAAUGGUCUUCGUCCGUGCCGUUUCUACAUCACCACCGAUGACAUGAUGGUCUGCGCUUCGGAAGUUGGCACGAUCUUGAUUGAUCCCGAAAAGGUUGUGCAAAAAGGUCGCCUGCAACCAGGGAAAAUGCUGUUGGUCGAUACUGAAGAAGGUCGCGUCGUGGACGAUAAGGAAUUAAAGUUGUCUGUCGCUGCACGCGAAAACUUUCGCGAGUGGAUUGAGAAACAGAUGGUUACCAUGGACAAUGUAAUCCAGAAGAUUAAAAGUACCGGCAAUGGUAUCGAAGUUGAAUUGGACGAUCUUCCUAUUUCCGAAGAUCCAAGAUUACGCGCAUUCGGUUACACCCUCGAACAAUUAAAUCUUUUGGUCUUGCCAAUGUUAAAUAGCGGCAAGGAAGCUUUGGGUUCUAUGGGAAAUGACUCACCUUUAGCUUGUCUCUCAGCCCAACCUCGGUUAAUCUAUGAUUACUUCCGUCAGCUUUUCGCUCAAGUUACCAAUCCACCAAUUGAUCCCAUCCGUGAAGAAAUCGUCAUGUCCCUGGAAUGUUAUGUUGGACCUGAAGGAAAUAUUUUGGAAAUCAACGAGCAACAAACAAACAAAUUUGCUUUGCCUUCGCCGGUGCUUUCAAUCGAAGAAUUGAAUGCCAUAAAACGAAUAGAGCGUGUUCUACCAGACUGGAGUGUUACAACCAUCGAUAUCACUUUCCCAAAACAGGAAGGCGUCAACGGAUACCUUCUCGCUUUGGAACGCGUUUGCGCGGAAGUUUCUCAGGCCAUCCAAGAAGGAUUCAAAAUUGUCAUCCUCUCCGACGCAGCGGUUAAUGCUGAACGUGUCGCGAUAUCUUCGUUGAUCGCAGUUGGCGGUGUGCAUCAUUACCUUGUAAGAAGCAAGCAACGUUCAAAGAUUGCCCUCAUAGUUGAAACUGCGGAAGCACGCGAAGUUCAUCACAUCUGUGUCUUAUUGGGUUACGGUGCUGAUGCCAUUUGUCCUUAUCUCGUGAUAGAAGCCAUCCUAAAAUUGAAUCGCGAAAAUAUUCUGAAGAGUGACCUACCCAUAGAAAAGCUCAUAGCCAAUUAUAAGAAAGCGAUAAACAAUGGUAUCCUCAAAGUUAUGUCGAAGAUGGGAAUUUCAACUUUGCAAAGUUACAAAGGUGCACAAAUUUUUGAGGCGCUAGGUAUUGACGAAAGUGUCAUCGCUCGUUGUUUUGCUGGCACUUCUAGUAGAAUAAAAGGAACCACAUUUGACAUUUUGGCGCUAGAUGCUUUCGCCUUCCACGAGCAGGGUUUUCCUAGUCGCGACGUUAUCCUUCCACCGGGUCUUCCCGAGGCAGGCGAAUAUCAUUGGCGCGAUGGUGGCGAACCUCACAUUAACGAUCCUUCCGGUAUCGCGAGUUUACAAGACGCAGUUCGCACAAAGAAUCAAUCAUCUUACGACGCCUACUCUCGCAACGCUUACGAACAAAUUAAAAACUGUACUUUACGUGGCCUCUUGGACUUCGAUUACGAUAAUUCCAAAUCCAUACCAUUAAGUCAAGUUGAACCCUGGACUGAAAUUGUCAAAAGAUUUUGUACCGGCGCUAUGUCAUACGGUUCUAUCUCAAUGGAAGCUCAUUCCUCUCUUGCUAUCGCGAUGAACCGUUUAGGCGGCAAAUCGAAUACUGGUGAAGGUGGUGAGGAUCCAGAACGUUCCAUACCAUUAAAGAAUGGUGACUCCAUGCGUUCCUCUAUCAAACAAGUCGCUUCCGGUCGUUUCGGCGUGACCUCUUAUUAUCUCUCUGACUCUGACGAAUUACAAAUCAAGAUGGCCCAAGGAGCAAAACCUGGAGAAGGUGGUGAACUCGUUGGCAAUAAAAUUGACGUAAAUAUCGCGCGCUGCUGGGCUCCCGGUACCGAAUUCAUCAUGUUCAACGGUUCCAUCAAGAAAGUUGAAGAGAUUCAGCUCUAUGAUCAGUUGAUGGGCGAUGAUGACACUGUUCGCACUGUUCUUGGGACCAACAACGGUCGUGGGCAGAUGUACAGCAUUCAACCCAUCGGUAAAUGCUCUGGUGACGCGUUUGAAGUUAACGGCGAACACAUUCUUUGCCUCAGAAUUGGUAGUAAAUCGAAAAUCAAUAAAAACGAAAAACACCGUGGUGUCAAGCAUUGGGAAUAUGUUCUGGAGUGGUUCGAACACAACCCUGAAACUAAUAACAUUACAAAACGUUGCAAAGUCUUCAAAUAUCCAUCCAAAGAUUUUCCGGAUGAAGUAUCUGCUAAGAAAGCGGUCGAAGAAGCUAGAAAUCGUGUGUCGGAUCUCCACGAAGAAGAGUUUAUCUGGGAAGUCAGUGUCGAGAAUUUCUUGAAACAUCCAAAAUCUAUCCAAAAAGCAUGCGUGUUGUACACCCCUGGGUUCGUCCGCUUCCCAUCCUGCGAAGGUUAUCUUGCUGGCAUUCUUCACGAGGUGCUCAACAAAGAGCCAACCUCCGAGCAAGUACAAGGAGUCGCCUGGCUCGUUGGUGUAUGGCUUGGUGAGGAUUCUACGAGCAGACCCACCUUAUUGCGAAACUCUAGUAAGAUAAAAUUCAUUGACAAGGUGAAGAGCGUUGUUGAAGGUAUCGGGUGUGAGGUGAUCAGUGAAAUCACAAAUAAUGAACAAGUAGUCUUAUCAAUUCACGUCAGUAAAGAUGUCAAGCUGAGUAUUGCCGGCAAUCCAUUAUCUGAGAUCUUGUGUAAACUUGGAAUCACGAGUCCUGCUGGGAAAAUGAGUGCCGACUUCAAGAUUUUGCCUCGUGCUCUGAUCCUCGAUGAGUUGAACGUUCGUUUGCAUCUUCUCGCUGGCCUCAUUGAUGUUAAUGGGCAAUACAAGAAAAGUCGAAACAUGUAUGACUUUGGUCAACAUCACAAGCAUAUUGUCAAUGCCGUCCGUGAAUUAUCAAAUCUCACUGGGUUCAGCGUUAGCAAGGUCACUUGUCAAGACGAGGUCAGACCCCUGUGGAAUGUAUUAAUCGGAGGUUCGAAUGUAAAUCGUAUUCCUAUCACUGCCAGAAGUAAGUUCCGCAAAUUGACAGCAGAAGGUUUCCGUCGCUAUAAUUCCUGGAGUUUCACUGUGAUUCCGACGGGUGCGAACGAUCAAUUCUAUGGAUUCACCACGGAUGGAAAUGAACGGAUGCUCCUCCGUGAUUGCACCGUAACGCAUAAUACGCGAAAGACUGUUCCUGGUGUCGGUCUAAUUUCUCCACCGCCGCAUCACGAUAUUUACUCUAUUGAAGAUUUAAAACAAUUAAUUUACGACUUGAAAUGCUCAAAUCCUCGCGCUCGUGUGUCCGUAAAAUUAGUAUCAGAAGUUGGUGUUGGUAUCGUUGCCGCUGGUGUUGCCAAAGCCAAAGCCGAUCACAUCUUAAUCGCCGGUCACGAUGGUGGUACUGGUGCUUCCAGAUGGACGAGUAUAAAGUAUGCUGGCUUACCAUGGGAGUUGGGUCUUGCUGAAACACAUCAAACUCUUGUGCUCAACAAUCUUCGUGGUCGUGUCAUUGUUCAGACCGACGGUCAAAUUAGGACCGGUCGCGAUGUGGUAAUUGCUUGUCUUCUGGGCGCUGAGGAAUGGGGUUUCGCGACCACACCAUUAAUCGCCAUGGGUUGUAUAAUGAUGAGAAAAUGUCACCUGAACACCUGCCCUGUCGGUAUUGCAACUCAGGAUCCAGAACUUCGAAAGAAAUUCGAAGGUCAACCCGAGGAUGUGAUUAACUUCUUUUAUUACAUUGCUGAAGAAUGUCGUCAAAUUAUGGCAAAGCUUGGUUUCCGUACCAUCAACGAGAUGGUCGGUCGUUCAGAUAAGCUCAAAGUUAAUGAAUCAUUGCGUAAUCCAAAAACGGAAAACAUCGAUCUUACACCAAUUUUGACACCGGCAUACACCCUACGUCCUGGAGUGGCAACUCACAAUGUCUCCAAGCAGGAUCAUAAACUAUACGUUCGUUUGGACAAUAAACUCAUUGACGAAUCAGAACUUGCUUUGACCAAGAAGAAACCGGUCGAAAUCGAUUGCAACAUUAUCAACACCGAUCGCACCCUUGGUGCCACCUUAUCUUUUCACAUCUCUCGACGACACGGCGAAAAAGGCUUACCCGAUAACACGGUUCACGUAAAAAUUAAAGGUUCCGCCGGUCAAUCAUUCGGCGCGUUCGUAACCUCGGGUGUCACAUUGGAGUUGGAAGGUGAUGCCAACGAUUAUGUUGGUAAAGGACUCUCCGGGGGUCGUCUUAUUGUCUAUCCACCCAAAAUUUCAACAUUCAAAUCUGAAGACAAUAUCAUCGUGGGCAACGUAUGUUUGUAUGGUGCCACUAAUGGUCAGGCAUUCUUCCGGGGUAUUGCCGCUGAACGUUUCUGUGUACGUAAUUCUGGUGCUACCGCAGUCGUCGAAGGUGUUGGUGAUCAUGGCUGCGAAUAUAUGACAGGAGGAAUUGUAGUGAUCUUGGGUUCAACUGGUCGUAACUUUGCGGCCGGUAUGAGCGGUGGCGUUGCUUACAUCUUAGAUCUGGCGGAGGAUUUCCGAGGGAAAUGCAACCCCGAAAUGGUUGAUCUUGAGACCGUCAACGAUUCCAAAGAGAUCGCAUUCUUGCGUGGAUUAAUUGAAGAUCAUCGUCAAUAUACCGGAUCAGAAGUUGCCGAUAAAAUUUUGAAAAACUUUAAUCAAGUACUUCCACGUUUCAUCAAAGUCAUGCCAACAGAGUACAAAGCUAUUUUAGAGAAACAAAGAAUCGCAGCCGAAGAAGCUAAAAAAAUACAAAUCAUUGAACAACCAACACAGCAACAAAUUGCAGUCAAAUCCAAGGAACCGUCCGUCGUGGAUAUUGAAGAUUCAAUGGUCGAUGAAGAAGCCGCCAAGAAGAAACUUGAAAAUCUUGAUAAAAUUCGUGGUUUCAUGAAAUACAAGAGAAAAGUUGAUAAUUACCGAAACCCUCUCAAGCGCGUCAAGGACUGGAAGGAAAUCAAUGCCCGUCUCAGCGAAGCCGAUCUCAAGGUGCAGGCAGCCCGUUGUAUGGAUUGUGGUGUACCCUUUUGUCAAUCAGAUACCGGUUGUCCAAUUGGUAAUAUUAUUCCCAAGUGGAACGAACUUGUGUUCAAGAAUCAAUGGUUAGAUGCGUUGAAUCGAUUGAUGAUGACGAAUAAUUUCCCCGAAUUCACUGGUCGUGUCUGCCCAGCGCCUUGCGAAGGUGCUUGCGUCCUGGGAAUCAAUGAAGCACCGGUUAGUAUUAAGUCUAUUGAAGCAGCCAUCAUUGAUAAAGGUUUCGAAAUGGGAUGGAUCGUGCCGAAACCACCAUCGAUUAGAACCGGAAAGAAAGUUGCGAUUAUUGGAUCCGGACCUGCUGGCCUCGCUGCCGCCGAUCAAUUAAACAAGGCCGGUCAUACGGUCACUGUAUACGAGCGUAAUGAUCGAUUCGGAGGAUUAUUAAUGUAUGGCAUUCCAAACAUGAAGCUCGACAAAAAGAUUGUUCAACGACGUAUCAACCUCUUAUCAGACGAAGGAAUCAAAUUUGUUGCAAAUGCUCACGUCGGAGAAAAUGUUGACGCAUCAAGAGUUCGAAGUGAAAACGACGCGUUAAUAGUAGCUACCGGUGCAACUUGGCCAAGAGAUUUAAAAAUACCGAAUCGUAAUGUUGAUGGAAUUCACUUUGCCAUGGAAUUUUUACAGCUCAACACUCAAUCCCUCUUAGAUUCAAGUCUUCAGGAUGGUCGAUAUAUCAGCGCGAAAGACAAGCAUGUCGUAGUGAUAGGCGGUGGUGAUACUGGUACAGACUGCAUAGCGACAUCACUUCGUCAUGGUGCGAAGUCAAUUGUAAACUUUGAACUGCUUCCACAACCUCCUGCAACCCGUGACAAGAUCGCGAACCCUUGGCCAACCUUCCCGAGAACGUUUAAAGUCGAUUAUG